CAGUAGCUACCAGAGAGAUAUUUUCAGGAAUGUAGCUCUACUUUUAGUCCCCAGGCCAGUGGUGAUGUUAUCUGUACCAGGAGAAAAGCAGGAGCUAGUGUCUGGGUCUAGUCUCUCGCUCUCCUGUUUUAUCCAGCCUCUCUCUGUGGACACCUCCACCACUGUCCUCUCCAAUUGGAGCACUCCUGGUGGUAGAAACAACAGAGAGAAUGAAACUAGUCCACAGUUGGUCAUAUCCUGUGUAGAGACAGCAGAUAGUGGAAACUACACCUGCUCAGUGAGAGUGACUGACUCCACUAAUAGUCUGUAUAUACUGGACAGUCCUCUAGCAUAUAAUACAACAACUAUCACUGCCAAACUGAAUGUGACUGUGAGUGCACUCUACAAACCAGCUCCAGGGGAGGUCCCUGGGGAAUUGGGUCCUAAUCAGUUCACUGCAGGCAGUGAUCUAACUCUCAACUGUUCAGUUGAGGGACACAGUGGAGCUCUGAGCUACAUGUGGUCUCUCACUGGGAACCCCGCUGCUCCAUCUGGCUGUUUUAGCUGUAACAUUGAUAUCUCAUCAACUACUUCCACACUGGUGGUGGGGAGACCGGAACUAUACUCCUACUAUGCUGGCGACUACUCAUGUACUGUCAGUGAGAUUGGUAGACCUGCCAGUAGUAACAGAGAUAACUUCUCUGUUACCGUUAUUGGUGCAGGGCUAUAUGCUUUAGAGUCUGACAGCAGUGUAUCAUCAGGUCCCAUAGCCAACAAUGGACUGAUAGUCAGUAGAAGUGACGACAUGAGACUGGAGUGUGUCUCUAACUCAGAUACAGCUGAAGUGGGAAACAUCACUACACCUGAUGGAACGAUACUAACAUCUAAUGAAACUAAUAGUACUCUGACUUUAACUAACCCAUUCGGUCGACCUGGAGUUCUCCGUCUUCGAUCAGGUGAUGGAACACAGCGAAUACCACCAAUACGAAAACAUCUUCCAGCCUCAGCCCAAGGAGUAUAAACCUUCACUAUUCCUGAUUCCAAUGGAAAAGACAUAUCCCUCAAUGUUGGAUUGUAUCCACCUGGCUUCAAUGUGACUCCCACCAUCACUAAUCUCACCUACCACGAGAGCAACGAUAGUCACAUCACAUGUGUGUCCACUGGCUCCCCUGCCACCAAUGUCUCCUGGACAAAGGACGGAGCACCUCUUACAUCAGAUUACACAAUUUCUCAGACUGUCAUUGACCGCAGUGCCUCCACCUACUCCAAUGUCCUGACUGUCAGUCCUCAAAGAGCUGCUGGUACAUACAACUGCACAGUUUCCAAUGAUCUGGGCUCUAACUCUAGUGUGGUAGUGGCUCUUGAUGCAGUUGCAUACCCAGUUGAGGCUUUUGAAGUAAGAUAUACAUCAGACACCUCUGUCACAUUCUCUUGGAGCCAGCCCAGUAUUGGAGCCCACCUCACCACUGGCUACAACCUGACAUGUGUCCCUCUCCUGACUGGGAUCCCAUUCCCCCAGUCUCUUCCCCUGUUAGCACCAACCCGGUCCUCAGCCACCCUGUCUGGGUUCUUCUCUGGAGUCCGCUACAACUGCAGCAUCUCCACCAUCUCCCAACGUGGAUCCUCUCUCCCUGUCUCUCUCAACCUCGCCACCAAUGGGACUGCUCCAUCGGGAUCUCCUAGGAUGUUAGCGGUAGUCCCAGGAGAGAGAGAAGUUGUGUUCUCCUGGUCUCCUCCUCCUGUCACUCAGCGUAAUGGAGUCAUCACCAGUUACACCCUCUCCUGCUCCCCCUCCCCCUCCUCCCUCCCUCCCACCUCGCAGUCUGGACCUCA